CACUGUAAAACCAAACAGUCAACGAUCCUUCCAAGUCUACUGUGAUAUGACAACUAAUGGAGGGGGAUGGACUUUGAUCGGUCGCUUUUCUAACAGCGACACAAAGAACUGGAUGAGAGACGAUGCCUYCUGGUGGUAUGACGUCAUGACAGGUCAAGGAAGCACCACAAGUACGUCUGUCAAUCAAGACAUGAUAUCCCCCGCCUUCUGGUCACUUUCAGGCAGCGAGAUCAAGAUCACACGAUCUGAUGAUUCAACUCACACUGCUCUACUACGAACCACAUCCAACUGUCUGGGAUACCGUACAUUUCGUUCAAAGAUAACAAGCUAUGGGAACUUCCGCAACGGUGUCGUCUGGGCAAAGGACAGAUGUCUUGGAAGCUGUAGUGUAGCGUAUGGUGGUCAAUACUCCUCUACUGAUGGAUUCUCUCAAGCACGAUGUAGUGGUAACAUUCAAAGCAGUGAUAGGAUUGGGUUUUGGUGUCAUUGGGCCGCCGGUGAUGGAGCAGUGAUGAUGAUUGGUGGAGGUGGUGACGCAUGCGCACGAGCUGACCAUGGUAUUGGUAUUACAGAAGAGAACGCAGCUGAUUUUGUCACCACAGAGGUUGAGUGUGACUUCGGAGUUGUUGUAGCCCAAGAAAGUGGUGUUUGUCAGUCAUCACCGUAUGCACUUAAUUUGUGGAUUCGAUGA